UUCAUAAUACUGGUCGGAAAAAAAAGUAUUAUCCUAGUUUCCCCUAGUUCAAAUACACCCCAUGUCAUGAAAAUUCCCACCCUCUUCAAUAAGGCAUAUACAUCAUGAAGAGGUGUGCUAUUAGCAAUUUGCAAACAUCUUAAUUUGUUGAAGCUUCCCAUUCCUAGCUAGGGUCAGUCUCAAUUGUUGAAUCGUCAUGGAACGCAAGGGGAAAAAGCCUGUUAAGAUGUCCGUGCCUCAAUUUGGAGGGUGGGAACACAAGCCCGCGGGAGUGCCUACUGACUACUCUAUGGUGUUCAACCAAGCUCGUGAAAAAAAGAAGACUCAAAUGAAUGAUUUGACUGAAGUCAAACGUCUAAGUCUUGGGAAUGAAAGGGAUGCCCUAAAACCCAAUCAUCGUCGUGGGCAUGGUCAAGGACAUGGGCAUGGGCAUGGGCAUGGACAUGGACAUGGACAUGGGCAUGGGCUUGAUCAUGAAGAUCCUCCCGUUAUGAGGAGAAAGAUGGUUCUGAAUUACAUGAAUUGCUUUAAGCCUUGAUAUCAAUUUUCAAACCAUGGACAUGGGGUCAUUAAUUGUACUAAACAUACUAGGGAUCUGUGAGCUGUGGCAUGUAAACUAUAUACAAACAUGAGACAAUAUUCAAUAGAAACAGACCUGAAGCUUCCAUAUGCUGAGUGCCAUGUGUAUCCUUUAUUACAUUAUUGAAGCUUUGGUCUCCUUUAGUUCUAUUGAUUCUAUGACAGCCAAAUGAAUGUAUCACAUUAGUCAUUACAUGCUGAAGACAAUAUAUAUGCACAAAACAUAGAUUUCAGAAAUAUUUGACUUCCGGGGGCUAAUGUAUUGUUGAAACGUGAGCGACAUAUUGCAUCAGUCCAAUGAAUCAUGUGUAAAUGUAAGGAGGCAUAUCAAAUGAGAACUCUUUUUAUUGUGAGAAA